AUGGGUGAGGUCAUGGCUACAGAGAAGGACUGGGAAAGGAGUUUAUGGCAAUCUUCUCCAAGAGAUACGGCUCGAAGAUCCGGAAUCCUUCCGACAGUACCACCGCCUGGACAGAGAAUCCUUCGAGAGGGUGUUGGAAACGGUGGCCCAUCGAUCCGCAAGGUUGAUACCUCAAUGCGAACGAGUAUCAGUCCCGGAGAGAGGCUUGCCAUCACGCUUAGAUUCCUAGCUACAGGUGAAACAUUUCGAAGUCUGGCAUUUCAGUUCCGGAUUGGGGAAAGAACAGUCUCAAAUAUUGUUGAUGAGACAUGCCAGGCAUUGUACAGCACAAUGAAGGAGCAGUACAUGAGGGUCCCGACAACAACAGAAGAAUGGAUGGAAAUUGCCAUGGAAUUCAACGAGAGGUGGAACUAUCCUUGUUGCAUCGGUGCAAUUGAUGGCAAACACAUUGCAAUCCAACAGCCAGAAAACAGUGGUUCAGAGUAUUUCAACUACAAACAUUUUUUCAGUGUUGUACUCUUAGCUCUUGUAAAUGCAAAUUACAAGUUCAUAUAUGUAGAUGUGGGGGCAGCUGGUCGUGCAGGAGAUGCUGGCAUAUUUGCUAACUCAGCGUUAAAGAAAGCCCUGAGUGAAAACUCUCUGAAUUUGCCACCAGCUGAAGAGAUAGAUGGAAUAUCACCAAGCAAAAUAAACUACCACAUAGUUGGUGAUGAUGCGUUCCCGCUGUCUCUAAAACUGAUGAAACCGUACCCACACAGAAAUCUGGACCAACCAAAACAAAUUUUUAACUAUCGGUUAUCCAGAGCUAGACGAGUAGUCGAGAAUGCAUUUGGCAUUCUCUCCAACAGGUUCAGGGUGUUUUUUGACAACAAUCAAUCUCAGGCCUGA